AAGUAAUGAAUAAGAUGAUUGUGGUACUUGGAUAAUUGGGGCAAUGUUGAAGUUUACGAUAAGCAUAAAGAUGGCAGCAUGUAAAUAUUUGGAGUGUUGUUACGUUAAGAAAAUAAAAUAAAUUUAAAAAAUCACACUUUAUUAGUCAUCGUAUGUCAAACAAAACUUCUAGUUGGAAUGAUGAAGAAAUUUAAAAUUAGAUUUGUAGUUAUAAUACUAAUGAUUCUUGUAAUUAUUUUUAUGAUUCUACCGUAUGUGUGUUAUACUGACACGCGCAUGCGCACUAAAGACAAUUGUGGUGUAAGCCGUCUGAAUUUGAUAAUUGCAAAACCUUAUACAGAAAAUGCAGAAUAUUCUAUAAAGAGAGUCGGAACCGUGGAAACAGAGACAUAUCGGAAAUACGAUUUUCAACGUGAACUAGAGUUAGAAAAGAGGGAACGUUUUGAAAGACGGAAGGAUGAACUUUUGUAUAGACUUGAACGAAGUAAAGCGCGAGUGUUUGACAAAAGUAUUGACAUUGGUGAACCAUUUCCGGCUGUAGCGGAUGAAAUGGCCAAAGUGCAGGGUUACUAUAAUUUGUCGGACAAGAAAAUGACGAUAUUAAAUUCCAAAUAUCUGAUUGAAAGCAAAUCUAUCUGCUCAGAGACGCCUGAACUAAUGGUUUUAGUUCCAUCAGUUCCAACAAAUGAAAAUGUUCGUUCUGCCAUUAGGAAAACGUAUGGGUUAAUUGCCCAUUACACACCGUCGGAUUUACUUAACUAUGGAAUGGAACAUCCUGUAAAAAUAGCGUUCCUUCUUGGCAGAAGUCCAAAUCAUUCAGUUGAAAUUGAUGUAAUAAAUGAACAGGAAAGAUAUAAGGAUAUCGUCCAGGUAGAUUUCGUAGACUCGUAUUAUAAUCUAACCCUGAAAAUUUUAUACGGUUUCAAGUGGGUAAGCACAUUUUGUAAAGGUGUGAAAUAUGUGUUGAAAUCAGACGAAGACGUAUUUGUUAAUGUAAAAUUACUUCUAGCCGAGCUGAAAACCUAUCGUGUCUCUCCAAGAGGGUCUGUAUUUGGAUUUAUUCAUUCAACAUCUUUUGGCCUGAGAGUAUUAAAAACUGGGAAAUGGGGUGUCAGUGAAGCGGAGUAUCCAUUGCGUAGGUACCCGCCGUAUGCCCAAGGAACGUCAUAUACAUUGACAGGUGACUUGAUUCCAAAGAUUGUAGAAACAGCCCAGCAUUUACCGUAUUUGCAUAUUGAGGACGCUUUUAUUACAGGUAUAAUAGCCGGUAAAAUUCUUGGUGCAAAUCUUGAACGUAUGAGUGGAAACUCAUAUUGGUCGGAUACGAUCCCGGACCCAUGUGAAUUUGUCAAAACAGAGCGUGUUUCACAGACCAAUAUGGUACCAUCAUUAAUGUAUAAGACAUGGAAAGCUCUACUAUCUCCUGAUACUGUGUGUGCUAAUGUAACAUAUCAUCCUAGAAUGCAUCGUUAUAACUGGCGUAUAAAAUCGCAGUUUAUAAAACCUUGA